AUGGUUUGGUCUUCAGAUCCUGGCAAGUGCCUAGAUGAUUCCACCCCUCAAUCGGCUCCCCCUCCUCCGGCGGUGAAGUUGGAAGUGGAGGAACCCUUAGACGAGAAGCGCGUACGUCUCCACAAGAGGGCUAGGGACGCGAGCACUUCGUAUGAGCAAUACAACAAUGUGCUUAGGGAACCUGGACUGUUGGGUCUUCUCCCUAGGAAGAGUCCGUCUCUAGCUGAUAUGAUUCAGAUGAUGCUUUCUCAGGCAAAGACAGGUAAGACUUUAUGCUUCACUAGCUCGAAGGGCUCGGAAGUUGGUGAACAAUCAGACUUCUCAGCUUCUUCGAGCUCAUUGAGCAAGAUCAAAGCUUCAAAUUUGCUUCCCUCAUUAUUGAGGAUUGGAACAUGGGAGUGUGUGUCUAGAUAUGAAGGUGAUUUAGUGGCAAAAUGUUACCUCGCCAAACAUAAACUUGUAUGGGAAAUUAUCGAAGGUAGCUUGACGAGCAAGAUUGAGUUUUACUGGUUUGACAUUACUACAAUUAAGGCAGUAUUUUUUGAAGGUGGCCAUGGGACUUUGGAUACUGUGUUGGAAAGACCACCUCUUUUCUUCCAAGCGACUGAUCCUCAACUAAGGAAGCAUACACUAUGGCAAGCAACUCGAGAUUUUACCAACGGCCAAGCAUACAUACACAAGAUGCAUCUACUUCAAUGUCCCCAGACCUUGUCGAGCAAGAAUUUGGAGGAAUUGAUUGACUGUGAUCCUCAUUUGAAGAUACUUAGUCAGCAACAUGAUAUUAUAUUAGAAUCACCUUACUUUAAUCCUCGGUACUCAGUUUCAGAAGAUCAAAGUGAUUCUAAAAGUCAUAUUAAUGAUGUUAUUGUUAGAGUAUCCGUCCUCGCUGGAUAUCGCUCAACUCCAUGA